CUUUUCUCUUCAAACUGAAACCCGCCGCGCGCACCAGCUCUAGGAACGGCCUCCAUUAGCCUCACGUUUCGCCGUCCUUCUCGCUGCCGCUUCCUACGCAUCCAGGUCGUCCUACAAGUUCUCUCUUCUUUAUAUUUGGUAAUCUCAGAGAAGAGGGAGGGGGGAUUUAAAUGUCGUUGUACAGAGAAUCAGGGAAUUCGUGAGUUUCAUCCAUGGAUGACCUAUAUGAAGUCAUAGGGAAUAACAGGAUUGAAGAUGUGAGUUGGAUAUGUUCCCUCUCCGAGCCCGAGCUUGAUCUUCUAAUUGGCUUGAAGAAGCUGGUGAUUCUGCGGGCAAAGGCUAUUGGUCAUGUGGAAUUGGCUGAGAAAUUUGACUUGAAGAUGCUCCGAGCGAUUGGGUUGGUUGUAAUGGAACAUUUCAGACAAAAGGUCAAAGACUUGCCACCAGUACCGGGCAUGGACGAGACUAGUGCAUGCAUAGAUGGUUGCAAUUUACUAAAAUCCAAGCUUGACAAGUUGAGCAUUGAAGAGUUGAAGUCAUGUCUCGACCACAGGAACAGGAAGGGCCAAAAGUAAGAAGACAGAGCCGGAGAUAGUCUGAUUGCAGAGACAAGAUUGAUGAUGCUCGAUGUCAUUUUUUCGGCCAACAACUUCCAGUUAUGCUUAGGAGUUUUGUCGUCCAUCAUCUGCAAUACCCCAUUUAUGGAUGGUCCUUUGAGACAACAUUCAGCUAGCUACAUUGUUAACUCCUAUGAGUGUUUUUUACGUUUGGAAAAGACUGUAGCUGGGAGCCUGGGACCAGCUAGCUAUAUAUUGUUCUCCCUAUGCUAGGACUGUGUUUGCAUUUCCUACUUGCGAGCUUCGACUUGGCUCGCUCUGUGGUUGCCCCAUGCCCAGUGACCCUCUUCUACCCAGUUCGCUGGAUGACUUGUGCAGGCGUAAAUAUGCAGCGCGUAUUGAGCACUAGGAAUUAAUUGUU